ACAAGCUAAGGCCGGGUUCUGUCAAGAUCAACAGCUUUCCCUGUAAACAUCAUGGGGAAACCAGUACUGAACUCUCGUGUGGUCUAAAAAUAGGGCUUCUAUGACAUUAUGGAAGUAGACUGAAAUGCAACAGUAAUCUUGAUAAAGCAGGUCUUCAAAGACUGGAGGAUCUGAAUUGUCUACAAGAUUCAAGAUUGUUACAGCCCACGAGUACGGCAUGAAUGGAGCUUGACAUUUCUAUGUGGAGCAGUCGAAGUUCAGCAUGCGGAGAGGUCAGACUGCAAAAAGUGGAAGGUGGUCCUACUCGGUGCCUGAGAUGGCUCACUGCACACCGUCGCAUGUGAAACGAAACAGACACAGAGCUCCUGCCUUGUCUCAGUGGCACCUGACAGGGCUGUCACAGGAUUCUGGGGUCAACCUCUCUGAGCCCAACCAAGUUUCAGGCAGCAAUGAAACUGUUCAUGUAGUGUGCAGGUCUGCAAGCUAUGACUUGGAUAACGCUGGUGAGGAUGGAUACUGCACUAGUGGAUUUUCAGAGGAGCACUUGCUGAACAUUACAUUCGAAGCAUGUGACACCUUGGGCAAAGGGGAAGUGCUGGCCACAACACUUAUGCGGUAUCUGCAAGAAAUGACAGCACAGAGCCCUGGCCAGGACAGGUUAGCUAUAUUGUAUGACAUGUUGGACCCUGAGCGCAAAGACCUCUCGGUGAGGAAGGACACCUUCCACUCUGUCAUGAGGAUGUGGAUCUCCCGGUGCUGUCAGGACGGCUUUCAGGAGGGUGACUAUCAGACUGUGGGUGCUGAACGUUGCCAAGUACCAAUAGAUGGGAUUGAGUUCUCGCCUUUCGAGACUGAGAAACAGUAUCCAGAAGGAGGAGAUGGCUGUCAUUGUGAAUCGAGGGACUUACUGAGUGUCCUUGAGGAGCUGAAGCACACACAGAAAAAGCUGAAUGAGCAGAACAGCAGCCUCCUGGGGACGGUGUCCCAGUGUGAGGAUACAAACUUGCAACUGAUUGUCGAGGUCACAGAGCUCAGGACCAAACUGGCCAGUGCCCAGCGCGCUGCACUGAGAAGCAAGUCCCUCUGUGAUGAGCUAGAAGAAGCCAGACGAGUCACGAGAGAGAGUCAGGAUAAAGCUGCCAAGACCCAGGCGGGCAACUGCAAAUUGAUUAAAGAAAAUGAAUAUUUAAAAGCACACAUCAAGAUUAUUGAGGAAUUGAAUGAAAAACUCGUCCAUGAAAAGACCAACUCUGAAGGACGCAUCAGCAAACUGGUGAAAAUAAAUGCUGAAAUCAGGGAGGAACUGGAUGAAAUAUUAGUUACGUUGGCUGAAAAAGACAAAGAAAUUAGCAAGAAAUCAGUUUUCAUAGAUGACCUGAAGAUCUCCUAUCAGCAGAACUGCAAAAUAAUUGAGGACAUGCAACUGGAAUUACUACAAUUACAAGAGAACACACAAUUGGAUCUCCUGAGAUUUGGUAGGUCCUCAGGAAGAGGUAGGCCUGCCCUACACCAACGCUCACUGCAGUCUGAGAUUGAGGAGACACAAAAGCGAGCAAACUUGGAGGUUUGCGGCUCAGUCUGUGGAAUCGUGUCCCCAUACAACCAGAGGGACAGAGUUCAGAUCCUGCAGGAGAUGUCAUCAGAGGAAUUUGUCGACUUUCUGGCAGCAAAGCCAUCUGGCUCGGAUGCUGCUCUCAGCAAUGCAUUUGAGAUCUUAGAAAGAGCAUACAUCAAAUGCUACCAGCAACAGACAGCCAUCAGGAAAGAUCUAGCAAAUGUUGAACAGGAGCUGGAGCAGCAGAAGGCACUGAAAGAGGAGACAGAGAGGAAACUGACUGAGCAAGAGCAACAGCUAAGAAAGACCCAGAAACUAGUCCUGGAGGCCAAGGAGAUGGUCGCUGUCAACUGUUGGAGAGCAUCGAAGCUGGAGGAUGACAAAGCCAGGGUAAUGGAAGAGGUCAUUCAGGAUGACCAGACCCAAACAGAGGUGGUGAAACGGCUGCGACAAAUUGAAAGCACUGUCCAGGAGCUUCAAGACCAGGUGUGCCACCUAGAGGUCGGUCAAAGGAUUACCCAACAGCAAGUAAGCAAGUUUACAAACAGCAAGGGUUGGAAGCCUGCUGUUUGUGAAGCAAAUUCUGAAGAUCCUAUAAAAGAGACUUGCCACAAACAGGAUGAAAAUAGACAGCAGAAGGAUGUGGCGAUAGCCACAGAUCCUGUGGAAGAAACUAUUGCCCUUGUCACAAAACAGGACAUCACUUUUGAUCCAGCCACAGAAAUUCAUGUUUCCCAGAAGGGAACGGAAACAAUACUGAGCCAGGCCUUUGAGGGAACUGAAUUGGACCAGGCAAAGAUGAGGAUGGACACUGCCACCCAGAGGAUUGAGGAGGAAUUGCUUGUCACCGCAGAUGCUCAAAUGCACUGGAACUUGAUAGAAGCAUGUACUUCAAUUAAAAAAGAGCAGUCUGUAGCUCCCAUCUGUACCUCAGAUGUGACAGAAACCGGCACAGUUUCUUCAGUGUCCAGCCGCUCAGUGCAAGUCAUCCGUCUGGACAGCAAGACCGCGCCGUUUCAGCCUGUCAACGAAGGAAGAAGCAGCUGGUCACAGGAUAGUGAGGAUUCCGGGAUUGUCUGCUCUGCAGACAAAAGCUCACAACUUGAAUAUUCCUGCUUUCCCGUGGGUGCUUGGCACGGCAAUGAUUGUGCUGGAUCUUCUUCUUUAGCUAAAACCUCUUCCGCAGAUCCUGAAGAGACCCUUUCAGACUCUGUACCCCCCCUGUCUGAGAGUGGCGACCCCCAGUUCACCCCACAAUCACAAGGGCCUGACCCAGAAACAUGCCCCCUGCCUGUCCCCGAAUGCGAUACCAAAGAGCAUGUAGGAAGACAGGAGACAACAGGAAACAGUUACAGCGUCCAGUCAGAGGCAGCAGAUGAUGAGAUAAGGCAGACUUUGCUGAUACGUUUUCCAGCUUUGGUGGUUUCAGACAAGGCUGAAGCAAGCAGGAGUUCACGCUGCCCUUCUCUGCCAGAACCCGACGCCCCCCCUUCUGGCACAUCGUCAACUCCUCGUCUUCACCCUCGGACCCGGCUGUCCUUGCCCCCCGCCAUGCCCACUCUGCCUGAGGAAGAAGAGGACUCACCAGAGGAGCUCGACAGCUCGUCCAGCUCCCCAACCUCAUGCCCACCCCUGGAAAGCAGAGGGGUUACCAUGAUUUUACAGCCUCCAUCCAUCAUCUUCCCAGUACAAGCUAAUACAGGCAGCCAAGAUCCCAGACCACUUGAAGUGGCCAGACCGCAAAGUCCCAGGCCUCGGCUGCCUCGAAAUUUCUCCUCUUUGGGAAAUCCCAUAACCACUGUCGACAGCAUGGGUCACGUGAUAGAUCUGGUGAAGGACCAGCUGCCGAAUGUGCAGCUCUCAGAGGAGGAGAUGCGAAAGAACCUGGAGCUUCUAGAGGAGGCCAAGAAGGUCAGCGACCGCUUCCUCAUGCGGAGAGGGAGACGGUCGACCUGCAGCCUCUCAGACUCACCCACAGGACUCUCUCCUUGUCCAACUCCACGCUCCUCUCCGGUUCCUUCCCGAAGCAGCUCUCUCACUGCUCCCCCUCAGAUUGAGACAAGUGAGAUGUCUUAUGCCAUCUGCCAGGCUACUCAGAACUUGGAGGUCCCUGGUGUCCGAGAACAUGGAGAUUCCAUCAGACAGGACCUAGAGAAUUCCAGGAAGUUUUUGGACUGGAAGCCCACUGAGAAACGAAAGGUUUCCUCAGGCACACUGUGCCCCCGGUACGCCACAGCGCUGUCAAAAGACGACUGUGACCCUGGUGCGGAGGCCGGAAGGAAGGCUUCCCUGUCAGCAGCCAUGGUGGAAAGAACAGGCGGGGGCGCUCUCGGACGAGGGAGCUUCGAAAACGGGCCGCCCGCGACGGGAGUGGCUAAGCCCUUCCUCCGGCCGACAACGUUGCAGACCCCCUGCACGGCCGAGAUUAAGACCAUGGGGGUCUUUCCCCCCCUCAUGAGGGCCAUGUCCUGGGAUGCGGUGGGCUCCAAUUCCUCCAGGACUGACCUUCCCGGCUUAGCGCCUAAAGGCGAAGAGGCUUACUUUGGCUUUGAGCAGCCUGCAGACUCCCUGCUCAAGUCGUCCAGAUACAAAGAUUUCCCCAAGCUCUCCAAAAUGCGGGAGGAGCAUAUGUUGAUGCGAACCCAGACCAUCGGGGGGUAUAAGCUGCCAGAUUUAAAUGAAACUGCUGAACAGGACAGAGCAUCCUCAACAGAGGAGGAACCCAAAGAGAAGUCUGAUGUGAUGCCAAACAUUUCAGACAUGAUGCUGAGAAAGCUGAAGCUGCACAGGACUCUGCUAAGUGGCACACCGUCACUCACAGAAAAAGAAGUUGAGAACGCAUUUGUGCAGCUGUCCUUGGCGUUCCGCAAUGACAGCUACACCCUCGAGAUGCGGCUGAAGCAUGCGGAGAAGGACCGGAACCUGACGGAGGACAAUACAGACAAAGAACUGGAAGAAUUUAAAUGCUGCUUGAAGGGCUCCAUAACGCUGUGGCAGAACUCUGAGCAACGGGAGGCCUUCCAGCGCCUCCUAGAGACAGUGGCGGUAUUACAAAGCCUGGCCACACGCCUCUCCAGCCGGGCAGAGAUGGUGGGGGCUGUUCGGCAGGAGAAGCGCAUGAACAAGGCCACAGAGGUGAUGAUGCAGUAUGUGGAGAACCUGAAGAGGACCUACGAGAAGGAUCACGCUGAACUGAUGGAGUUUAAGAAGCUGGCCAACCAGAACUCCAACCGCUGCUACAGUGGCUCAGUGGACACUGGAGAUGAUGGAGUUCCACGGACGUCUAGAUCCCUGUCCCUGACCCUUGGAAAGCCCCUGCCAAGAAGGAGAGUCAGUGUUGCUGUGGUUCCUAAAUUCAAUCUACUGAACAUUCCGGGUCAGAACCCUCCCAGCCCUGGGCUUCCUGCACUGUGUGAAGCAAACAGUGGGAAAGGCAGCAGCCCUACUGAUUUCGCACAGCACUCUGAGACUGAGAGUGGAAAGACGGAACAGGAAAGUGACCUAACUACUCUACUGAAGCCGGCUGUUUCCAGCAGCACUGAUGAAAUCAGUUCAGAGAUCAAAGCCAAGAUUGAGGAAGAUGCCUACAACAAAGGAUACCAAGAAGGACUGAAGCGAAGUAAGGAGCUUCAGGUGAUGAGGGAGCUUGAAGAGAAGAAGGUCAAAGAAGAGAUCCAGGAACAGAAAGAGGAGAAGGAAUGGGAAGUACCUCAGGAGAAAGAAUGUAAAAGCAGAAAACAUGAACAGGCUUUGGAAAUCCUUGACUGGUUGUUUCCGAAGAUUUCCAAGAGGAACCGAAAGAUCUGGAUUUUUCUGGUCCUGUUUGGGAUCGUGUUCUUCAUGGUCAAUAUAUUCAGAUAUUUCAGCAACAGAUACAAUGAAGUAGGGAACCCAACCACAGGAAAGACUGUCAGCCCAGGCCAAAAUUCUUUGAGCGGAAUGUAGGAGUUCUGCUGAAGAACCCACUGAGAACAUCAGGAUUCUAUUUAUUUCAUUUAUUGAGGGAAAAGAGAAAACUUCGCACUGUCCAAAGAUAAUUCAGACACUGUUUUGCUUAAUAGGUAUGAAUAUGAAAUGUUUAGAAGAUGUUUAUUUUUUGUAUAUUUCUGCAAGGAACCCAGAUUAUUAAUAAAAAAAAAAACAUUGAAAUUAAGGGACCAAAUGCUGAAAAGUUAUGAAAGUAAUAUCCUGUGGUCUUAUCAUCCUGCAUCCUUUGUCUGAUGAAUUCUCGUUGGUGCAUCCUGUCCUGUGAACUACACGCCAAUGGAGAUCAUCACAUGUGCAAAUACACCACGGUACUGUGUGUGUCUCCUUCAUCCCCCAUAGAAGUGGAGACUUUUCCUCUAGGGGCAGUGUGUGGGGCAGUGGGCUAAACCUGUGUAUUUUGUAAUCGCAAGGUUGCUGGUUCAAACCCAGCCUCAGCAGGUCUGCGGGUCCUUGAGCAAGGCCUUUAACCCUUCGCAGACAGCUUACUCUACAAAGAGCAAGUUGAGGGAGGCAUAAUGACAAUUUCCUCACUGGGAUCAUUAAAGUUUAAUCGUUUAUUAUUUUCUUACCAUUAGCUGUUUAUACAGUAUACAGUAAAUAUAUAGAACUUUUCCUCUCAGGUUCUAAACAUGAAAGCCAAACUUAGAGGCUUACUGAAAUAUUUAAGAAAAUGUGUUUUGGUGUUUUGUUGAGGUUGUGUGUUUAAACUGGGUGCUCAUCUGAAUGUUGUAUGAUUUGUUUGGCCGACUGUAGUACCCAAAGUGCAAUAUUUUUGUAGCUGUUGAUUCACCUCAUUUGUGAUAUUUUGUUUGUAUCUCACCGCACUGAUCCUAUUAACUCAAAAGGUUUUAUUAAUAUGUAGGAACACUUUUUUUAACAGCAUGAAUCUUUAAAUUUUAUUAAAUCUGCACAUGUGUGCCAGGAUUGUAAUGUUUACUGCAAGGUCAACUAUAGUUUUAAAAUAAAUAUGUUUUAAAAUCUUCCACA